AUGACAGCGGACCUCUGUAUCAACCAUGAGUCAGGCGGGGGUGCCGGUAAGAACCCAUUAUCUGCCAGGGUCGCGUGUGAAACGGGGAAGGUUAUACUCAAAGGAGGCGAAGCCACAGUGGAGGCAGAUGGCGGAGAAAAGCGGUCAAGAGCACAAAUAAACGCGCUAAAGGCAAGUGGCGGUGGACCGUUUUCCGCGGGGAGGCGGGGAAUGGGGGAAUGUACCCGCCAUAGCCAUAGUAGUGGAUCCCUAGAAGAUACAGGGCGCUCUGUGGGUGAACGACGAAGACGCAGCGUAGCCCACGGUUCGCAGGGACAGCAGCCGUCACAGAAGCGGGGAACCAUCGCGAUUUCGGAUGAACGGCGCGGGGAUCAGGCCGGUUUGUCCUUUGGAUCAAAUCACGGCAGCAGUGCAAGCGGGACAGCAGGCUUUCUUCCCAGUCUUUUGCUGAACGAUAGCGCACUUGCUCUACAAACAGCGUUGGUUGCCCUGCUUCAGCUUCAGAAGCAAGACCAGGAUGGAGUGCAGAAGGAACCAGUUAUUCCUAGAAGGAACUUAAUGUGCACGGCGUUUCUGAAGACUGGAGCAUGCAACAAUCCAGAAAGAUGUAAUUAUGCUCACAACAUGGUGGAGUUACAGAAGAAACUAGAACUGCGGAAGACGUCGCUUUGUAAGUACUGGCUGAAGGGCAAAUGCGAGAACGAAGAUUGUAAUUUCGCCCACGGGGAGCAUGAACUCCAGUCGACUGAAGGCGUCUACAAGACGACGAUAUGCAAGUAUUGGAAGCAGGGAGCUUGCUACAGCGGCAAUAGCUGCCGACACGCCCAUGGUGAAGCCGACCUCAGGCCCGAAAAGUUACCUCCUCACCUAGAGCGCAAAAGAAACCAGAAAGUAAAGCAGCAGUGGAAGAGUGGAGGUGGUGGCGUGGCAUUCCCGUCAUCUGAAGCGCAGCCCGGUGGUGGCCCCAGAACGAAACAGCAACCCCUUUACCCAUCCGUACCGACGAGGUUCCCUUGUUCACAAGGUGCAUCAUUCGAUGGCAUCAAAGCGAGUGAAGCUUUCGAGCGGCCUGGCUCAGUCGUCCUCGGCAUCGGAGAUUUCACGCGAGAGAACAGCGGUGGCAGCGAUAGUCUUCUUCGAUCUGGCAAUCUGAACGCUACUCGGGGCAGCAGCCUAGCCGAAGAAGAGACUCGGGUUGGUAUGGCGUGGCGCUCAGGAGGGUCUGGAUGCGGUUCAGUUGCAUCUGACGCGUCCACCAUUAGCGUUCCUCUGUUCCCCGCUGUCCAGUCCAUCGGCGGGCCCGGCGGCUUGGUAUUUGUCCCUCCACCAGGCCUGGCGAUGCAGAAAGAUUUUGGUGGCGUGGCAGUAGGGAGAAGCGCGUCCUUGACAGCGGCAUUUCCGCAGAAAGAUGAUGCUGAGUUGGAUGAACGCAGUGGGAAUCUCAUCUCGAGUCGUUGCCCGUACGUCAGUGAAUCGGUGCUGAGAACACUGUCGGAAUCCGUCGCUGGGCUGACUGUAGAUGAAACGGCGGCGGGGAGGGCUAGAGCGGCGAGCGGAGACCCUCUCCCGCAUCAGGUGGGGAGGGGUUGUGGGCACAUGGAAGCACCAGAAGCGGUGGGGGAAGAAAAACACGGACUCAUUACCGCAACUACUCUUUCAAGCCUGAGUGUGGGCUUCUUUGCAGGCAUGGAAGAUGAGAGUUCAGCACCUAGUAAGAGGGAUAGUGAGACUGCAAGUCCUGCCCUGUCCAGUGCGUCGCGGUAG